UAAUGAGGAAACUGGGAAUCACAUGACUACGCGUAUUCGCGGGGUGGGGCAAUCAUUCCCCGAUUUCCAGAACGAUUUUCACUCUUUCAUCACGCUUUCUUCAGUAGACAAGCUUCUCUCAUCUGCAAUGGCUGUUGAUCUUGCUGAACUACAGGCGACUUACGCAUCAUUAACGGCGCAAAUAGCGGCAGCUGAAACGCAAUUAACCGCCCUCAAAGAAGCUCUUCGCUCAACAGAAAAGUCAAUACUCUCUGUUAAUGGAGCUUCCUCGAAAGAACAACUACCGCAACAAUGGCCGAUGCUCGAGGACGAAUAUAAACGAUAUGGAAGGCAAAUGAUUGUACCACAGAUCGGACUUCAUGGUAUGUGAGAAUUGGACUACGGAUGUUUCAUCCCUUUCCUGGUGAGACUUGCCUGCAAUGAUAGAAACGCUGAUAGCGGUUGGACUAGGCCAAUUGAAGCUUCGUACAUCGUCGGUACUUCUCGUCGGAGCCGGUGGCCUAGGAUGCCCGGCAGCUUUGUACCUUGCUGGGGCUGGUGUCGGCAAGCUCGGCUUGGUGGAUGGUGAUGCUGUCGAGUCGUCCAAUCUUCAUCGUCAAGUGCUACAUAGAACAAAAAAUGUUGGGAAAUUAAAGGUCGAUAGUGCGAUUGAAUACCUUGAAGAACUUAACCCACAUCCAAAAUAUAUCGCUCAUCACGAACAUCUGUCCCCUGAAAAUGCCCCCGAUAUAUUCAAGCAAUACGACGUGGUAUUGGACUGUACGGAUAACCCUGCUACACGAUAUCUCAUAUCGGACACCGCGGUACUUUUAGGCAAACCACUUGUUUCAGCUUCAGCGCUGCGAACCGACGGACAACUCAUAGUGUUGAAUAAUCCUCCAAGCCCGCCGGGCGAUUCUUCUGGCGGCCCCUGUUACCGAUGCGUUUUCCCGAAGCCACCACCUGUGGAAAGCGUUGUCAGUUGCGCUGAUGGCGGUAUUGUCGGCCCAGUGGUCGGCACAAUGGGAGUUUUGCAGGCGCUGGAAACCAUCAAAGUCCUCACCAAAGUCCCAGUUCCGAAUACAAACGUAGUCGCGGUUGAAGAUCGCCCGGCGCUUCAUAUCUUCUCAGGCUAUAGCAACCCACCAUUCCGUACAAUUCGUCUCCGGAUGCGUCGCUCUGAUUGUGCAGUCUGCUCAUCCAAGGCUACUGUCACAUUAGACACAUUGCGGUCCGGAUCCACGGAUUAUAUUCAAUUUUGUGGUUCCGCAAACUCUCCCCAGCUUUUGUCUGCACAAGAACGAAUUUCUGCCGACCAGUAUCAGCAAAUACACAAGUCAAAGCAACCUUGUACAGUAAUCGACGUGCGCGACCAGACUCAGUUUGGUAUAUGUAGUCUUGAAAACAGCAUAAACAUUCCCAUUACGCAAAUUCUGAAUGAAUCCUCCGCAUCGCAGGUUGAUGCACUGGAUAAUUUACGGUCGUUACUACCCUCAGAUGCAGCAUCAAAUGACGAUAGAAAUCCGAUUUAUUUUGUAUGUCGGCUAGGCAACGACUCCCAACUCGCAGUUCGAAAGUUCAAGGAAUUAGGGGUUGACCAAAAUGGUCAGCGAUAUAUUGGUGACAUUCGUGGAGGGCUCAAAGCAUGGAAGACCGAAGUUGACCCAAACUGGCCGGAGUAUUGAAUUUCGUUCGCAAGUAUUGGAAAUUCGCUCAAUGAAAUAGUGUUUCAUGGUCUUUAUCAGCCAUACUAUAUACAACAAAUCUAUUUCAUUCAGCUCUGCU